CCGACACGACACGAGGUUCGUCACUUGGCCAGCAUUGCAGUCGUCACCCAAGCGAGCCUGCGACCGACCGAUUCGUGCCAGCCGCGAUCCAUUCGUGAUCGAGCAGUUGACUGAUAGUGAUAGUGAUCUAGUCGUGGCUUUGAAGAGUGCGUGGGAGAGUGAAUCGAUUCCGGAUCGCGAAAAGAGUGCGAAACUCCCCGGGCAAGAGAAAAGAGUUCAACGGAAGAAAGGAACUAAGGAGAAGCCUCGACGGAGGCAAUCGACACAGGUCACGUAACUCAACGGACGAACGAAGGCAGCAAGCAACGUGGUUUUCGAGAAGAAGAAAAAUAAAAGCUAGAUCAACAGCCAAGAUGCAUUUUACGAAAACGGCUUCCGUGAUGGUGAUCACCCUGCUCUGCCUGGCGGCGGUCACUUCCGUGCACUCACAGGACGGUGGUGGUGGGGCGGCCAACAGCCGGAACAACCUGCUGCUGCGACGGGGCAACAUCGGCCGACAGAACCCGCUGGCCAAGACGACGACCACGACGCCACCGCCCGAGUACGCCGAGGACGAGUACGUGGACGAGGAGGGCGAGCAGCCCGAGGGUGACGAAGCCGGCGAGGAGGCACCGGCCGCCGGCCGGGGUCCGCUGGUGACGACGACCACCACCACCACCGAAGCGCCCAGGAAGAACCUGCGGCCAAGCAUCCGGCCGUUCCGCAGCAACGACGAUCUGCUGUCGGCGCUGAAGAAACGCCGCCUCGACGCCAAGAACAACAAGCCAGCUCCCCCCAAGGAGAGGGUUUACGACGACGAGGACAUCCCUGCCCCGGCACCAGCCAAAUCCUCCGCCAAGGCCCCAGCAAUCGGUAAAAUUGCAGAUAAUGUUGUUUUUUCUUUAACGAAACUGCCAAAGGGACGCCGCUUCGGACCAGUCCGCAAGGAACCUGAGCAGAACGCCGCUCCGUCGGAACAGAACGAGCAGAGCAACAACAGCAACGGCAGCGAGGGAACCAGCGGUGUCAAGUCGCUGACCAGUCGCCUGGGCCGGUCCCGGUUUGCGUUGAAGCAAUAGGGGCGCAGCGAGCGAGAGAGGGUUAGGCGACUUUUAACUGAAAUUUUUACACCUACCUAAUUGUUUAGUUUGAUAAGAUUUUAAGGUUCUCCUGCGACAUGUGCUCACACAGUUUCAUUUUUUGUACUUUUACCCUUUACUCUGAUUAUCUUUUUUUUGUUUGUUUAGAAAAGUGCAUUUCUCCUUCAAGAAUUAGAAUUUCGUCGAAUAUAUAGAAAAUGUAAGGUAAAAUUCGUUAGGACAAGAGUGCAUUCACUGCCAACACUGCCAUCCGAGAAGGUGCGUUUUUAGAAGCAUGAAAUGAGUGCACAGGUUUUACUUUUCAACAAAUUGUAAAAUGAAGAAUUGAAAUAAACAGAAUCUAAAUUAAAAA